UGUCAUCUCACCUAGCCUGUAGCCAAAGCCAGGCGACGCUAGCGUCUGGAGCGGUGGGAGGAGGGAGGCAGAGGAGGAGCCGCGGCGGCCGAGGCCCCCCCCGUUUCGCGCCCAACGAGGCGUCGCGCACGCGGCCACCCGCACCCAGGCGCCGCCUCGUGGGAAGGGCGAGCAAUGGCGGGCGGUCCGGGCCGAUCCGCGGAUCUGUGAGGCGCGGCGCGGGGGGUGCUGGCUGGCUGACGCGUGAUGGGAUCUGGGAGCAGCAAGGCCACCGCCGCCGCCUCGUCGUCGUCCUCGGCGGCAUCGGAGGCGGGCGGCGAGGUCAAGAGGGGGAAUGGGAGCGGGAAGGGGCGGCGGGUGAGGAGCCUGCUGCCGCUGCCGAGCUCCGCCUGCUUCCGCGGCUCCACGGAGCCGGGCGAAGGCGACGCUUCUUCCGCUGCCCCGCCGCCGGCAGGCGAGUCUAACAAGGGAGGGGAGACUGCAAGCCUGCCUUCACUUGUUCACUCUGCAAAGUCCGAUGAAGAUGCUCUCGCGGUGCCUAAAUCUCGCUCAGGUGAAGAGACAGCAGCGCCUUCAUCAGAUAGUGAGAGAGACCAAGAUGAUGAUGCGCUACAGAAUCAUGUUGCCACUAGCACAUCGGCAGCUGCGGCUAAUCAAUUGCCAAAUCCUUCUGACAGGCCAAGGCCACGUUUUGGUGCCAACUUCGGGUUGAGUAGGGCUGUCAGCUUGGGAUCAUCCGUAGCCUGCUCCAUUCUGUCAUCUGGUCUAUCUGCUUCAGCCAAUCCAGGUGAAAGCCACAGAGAGGUGACCAAUUCUUCUGAUGCAGUUAUCUCCCAACAAGGUGGUGCCCUGACUGCUGGAAUCGAUUCUACUCUGGAUAUGCUUAGAGAUAGUGUCACAGCACAAGCUAGAGCAGCUCGUCAGGCUAGGAGAAAUCAGCUAGAAUCCGAAGAUGCUAGCUUGAGGAACUCCAAUAGAAGGAUUGGAUCUGAGCCUUUCGAAGGCAGUGUUCGAUUUAGCCGAACAUUGAGCGUUGGGCGGCUUCGAGACAGAGUUCUCAGGAGGACUCCGUUCUCAGAUGGGUUAUUCACCCCUUCACUACUUUAUGAUAGGGCAGUGUGGCCGUCAGGAAAUGGUAGUGCUAGGCAGGAUUUAGCAACAAUGCAAAGGACUAAUUCAGAUAGAAGUUCAGAACUGCGUUCUGAUCCUUCAGCCAACUACAAUUCUAGCUCUGAGACCUUGAGAGAGGCAAAUAAUCGGGAUCUAUUGGAGCGCAGAUCAGCUUUUCUUGAAAGGAGGAGAAGGAUACGAUCUCAGGUCAGAGCUCUCCAAAGAUUGGGCAGCAGGUUUGAAAAUUUAUCUGGCCAUGAGAGGUCCUGCAUACUAUCUGGUCAGCAUAGAACUGGAAAUUGCAACUGCAGAACAAGCAGUCGACCAGGUAAUCCUGAUGAAGAAACUAGCACAAGGGCUAGCAUAUCAAGAAUUGUUAUGUUAGCAGAAGCACUCUUUGAGGUUCUGGAUGAAAUCCACCAGCAGUCUGCUGCAUUAUCAUCAUCAAGACCAUCAUUUUCUUCAAUUGGAUCUGUUCCUGCUCCAAGGGAGAUCGUUGAGUGUCUUCCUGUAAAGGUUUAUAGGAAACCAUUGAAACAUCGAACUGAGGAGGCUGCACAAUGCUAUAUUUGCCUUGUUGAAUAUGAGGAGGGAGACUGUGUCCGUGUACUUCCGUGUAAUCAUGAAUUUCAUCUAACAUGUGUAGAUAAAUGGCUAAAAGAGAUUCACAGGGUUUGUCCACUUUGUCGUGGUGAUGUCUGUAGGUCAGACGUGUCCAGCAUUGGAAAAGUCGGCUGAUUCUUUCUCUCUUAAGAAUUCAGCUUCAUCCGGAGAAAAAAUGGAGCUCCUGGCAUGGUUCUUUGAUCCAAUCCCGACAAAACCUGCAAAAAGUCUCUUGCAGGCGUUGUUUUCAUUUUUUUUUUCCUCUUAUGGUCAGAACAGCUCAGGAUGCUCCUGUAUUCUAUGGCAAAUUCGCAUCGCAGUCAUCCCAUUAUGAAGCAGAUGGCAUGCCAUGUGAAUUUUGGCAUUCUUGUAUGGUGGGGGAAGUUUGUUGAUAUUGGGAUUGUCGGCUUCCGUUUUCUUUACGAUGUUGAUGUCUGAACAAAGUGAGGCGAUUCGUGGUCAGGUGCAGGAAUUCCAGACAACUGUCAGGUCUAUCAGCACAGCAUGUUUCCUAUUGAA